AAUUAAACCAUCAUCUGGUAACAUUUAGUUAUUUGACACUGACAUCUGUGACAGUUCGAAACUUCAUGCAUUCAGUUGACAUGACACAAAACGCAAUGAUGUUCGGCUGAGAGCGGUGGUCCGGUCGUGUGUUCGUGUAGUCUAGCGAAUUCAGUGAAUUAAGUAUUUCCGACUCCACCGGCGUUCAGCUCGCCACCGCGCGUCGCCAUGGCGGACGAGGAGAAUAACUGUGAUGAUGGUGAUCUGAAGUUAGGGCAGGCGUUCCGGCAGCGGGGCCGAAAGGGUGCCCUGAAAAAGAAGAAUGUUUAUUUCGUGAAGGAUCACAAGUUCAUGCCGAGGUUCUUCAAGCAGCCGACGUUUUGCUCGCACUGCAAGGAUUUUAUAUGGGGUUUCGGCAAACAAGGCUUCCAAUGUCAAGUAUGCAGUUUCGUGGUCCACAAGAGAUGUCACGAGUACGUCACGUUCACGUGCCCCGGCGCCGACAAGGGAGCGGAUUCCGACGACACCCGCACGCGACACAACUUCCGCGCCCACACGUACGCGUCGCCGACGUUCUGUGACCAUUGCGGGUCGCUUCUCUACGGGCUUAUCCACCAGGGGCUCAAGUGCCAAGCAUGCGACAUGAACGUGCACAAGCGGUGCGAGGAGUCGGUGCCCAACCUGUGCGGCUGCGACCACACCGAGCGGCGCGGACGCAUACAGCUAACUGUCACCUGUACCGGAAACAAGCUCACUGUCGAAGUAAAGCAAGGCCGCAACCUGAUCCCGAUGGACCCGAACGGUCUCUCCGACCCCUACGUCAAGAUGAAGCUGAUCCCCGACUCGGACAACGUCAAGAAAAAAACCAAAACCAUCCGCAGCACACUCAAUCCCGUCUGGAACGAGACGCUCACCUUCGAUCUGAAGCCGGAGGAUAAGGAUCGUCGGCUGCUUAUUGAGGCCUGGGACUGGGACCGCACAUCCCGUAAUGACUUCAUGGGUUCCCUUUCCUUCGGGAUCUCAGAACUGAUGAAGGCCCCGGCCGACGGCUGGUUCAAGUUCCUCACCCAAGAGGAAGGAGAGUUCUACAACGUGCCAGUACCCGAGGAAGGUGCCGACUUGGCCCAGCUGAAGACCCAGAUGAGAGCGACCACUGUUGGGUCACGACGGGCCCCGCCACCGCCAGACAGGGAAGUUCCACAUAACAUGGCGGCCUCUGAUGUUAUCCGGGCAUCCGAUUUUAACUUUAUAAUGGUGCUUGGCAAAGGAUCGUUCGGAAAGGUAAUGUUAGCCGAACGCCGCGGAACAGACGAGUUGUACGCCAUCAAGAUCCUAAAGAAAGACAUUAUCAUCCAAGAUGACGACGUGGAGUGCACGAUGGUGGAAAAGAGGGUGUUGGCGCUCAGCAGCAAGCCGCCCUUCUUGGUGCAACUGCAUUCCUGCUUCCAAACUAUGGAUCGCUUGUAUUUCGUGAUGGAGUAUGUGAACGGAGGGGAUCUGAUGUUCCAGAUACAACAGUGUGGGAAAUUCAAGGAACCCGUUGCUGUGUUCUACGCAGCGGAGAUAGCAAUAGGGCUGUUCUUCCUGCAUUCCCGCGGGAUUGUGUACCGCGACCUGAAGCUGGAUAACGUACUCCUGGAUCAAGAUGGCCACAUCAAGAUCGCUGACUUCGGCAUGUGCAAGGAAGGCAUCAACGGCGACAAGACCACCAAGACCUUCUGCGGAACCCCGGACUACAUCGCGCCAGAGAUCAUCCUCUACCAACCGUACGGGAAGUCCGUGGACUGGUGGGCGUACGGCGUGCUGCUGUACGAGAUGCUGGUGGGACAGCCGCCGUUUGAUGGCGAAGAUGAGGAGGAACUGUUCGCUGCCAUCACUGAUAAUAGCGUGUCGUACCCCAAGACACUCAGCAAGGAAGCCAAGGACGCGUGCAAGACGUUCCUAAUGAAGAACCCGCAAAAGCGGCUCGGCUGCGGCCCCAAGGGCGAGGAAGACGUGCGCACGCACCCGUUCUUCCGCCGCAUCGACUGGGCGCGCAUCGAGGCGCGCGACGUGCAGCCGCCCUUCAAGCCUAAGAUUAAACAUCGCAAAGACGUGUCCAACUUCGACAAGCAGUUCACGACGGAGAAGACCGAGCUGACGCCCACCGACAAACUGUUCAUGAUGAACCUCGACCAGACGGAGUUCAUGGGAUUCUCCUUCCUCAACCCCGAGUAUGUGCAGCACGUCUGAACAUUCAGGCUUGAUCUUCUCUCCAAUAUUGACGCUGGCGCGAAAUCGGCAACGGUUUCUGAACGUGAGCUCUCUCUAUCACUGUCGCUCUCACGGCGCCUGCCGUUCAUUAUCUCACUUCGACUAUGAACUGUUCCGUUCGAAAACUAUGAUCUGUAAUUUGUAUUCGUUUAAAUGUUGACGGAAUCGUAACUUGGAAUUUUUAGAAACACCAUUUUUUCGUAGGUGUAAGUAUAAGAUGUAAUUUAAUCGUUUGCUCAUUUUAUACCUAAAAUGUUUAUUUACCCAUCCAUUAAGACAUGACAAAAGUAUAUUAACCUAUUUAUUUUGUUUACUGUUUUUUCAGUACAAUUAAUUCGUUCAAUAAUAACAAUUAAUUCAUCUCAACGAAUUUCAAUCAAAGCAAUACUAAUCGGAAUUAAAUUUUAUUACUAUGACAAUAUACUUUAUUGUUACUGUCUUACCUUUGACAUUUUUUGAAUGACAGUACCUACUACUUUUACUUUUGUUAAUUUUUGUUUUGUUAACACCAAAUCAUGUUUAUUUUUAUUUUUACUCUGAAUAUCGUAUCUUGGGGCCACUUGGUAUUAAUAAAUGUUAGUGACACGUUUGAUGCCAUUUGUCAAUAGAUUAUCGAUCUAAUCUUAAGUUAAUAGGGAUUAUAUUAGUUUGGCAAUGUUGACAGAUGGUGUCUUCAGAGGGCCUACCGCUAACAUCGAAGUUCCCAAAUAGCGAGCAUCUCUUUUACUCCAAUUAUGUAAGUAGUUAGAGUGACAGAGAAAGAUGCCCGCAAUUUACGAAAUUCGAUGUUAACGAUAUGCUCUCAGCUCUUAUGCAUCUCACAUUGUCAUAACAUAUCAGUGUUAAUUGUAAAAAUAUAAAUAAUUCAGUGUCGUGUCUAGUGGGUGGUAUUAUACUUGAUAAGUCUUUGAAAAUAUUUUUCCUUUUAUUUAAUAAUUGUUUGUAAUAUUGAAGCUCACUGUAUUCGAAUCUCAGGAGUUCUAAGAUCACUUGUUUUUAAUCAAUUUUGUUUUUUAUUAGUCACGUUGAAAGAUCAAUUGUUUAUACGAGUUUAAUUCUAAGGCCAUUUUCUUAUGUAGAUUUUAUCUAUGGUUACCGUUAUGGCCAUGAAAUCAUUUUGAAUCGGCUGUAUUAAGUUUACAUUGUCUAUGGUUUGUUGGAUUGUUUUACCAAUCAUUUUUAGUCAUAAAUUUUCUGUGCUGGCCAUAAUUUACAUAUCGGCGUAUACUUAUGAAAAAAAAAAGCGUUAACAUACUUUCGAACACAACCAGACAACCACGACCUUGGUGCGAUCCGUACCGUGUUCGAUCGUGGAAAAAGCAGUUCGCCGUACUAAUGAAUAUUACUCUCAGUAUCUCUCUCUUUCUUUCCAACACAUAGAUAGAGAUAUAAAGUUUCGAUAGGACAUGUGCAUUUGCGAAACUUAAGUUCAGCUUCAAUUACAAUUUUAACGGCAAGUACAGGCAAUUUAUGAUACUUUUUACCGUGAUUGCAUUUUGUGAUCUUUGAUUGAAUCAUAUUUUGCGUGAAUGUGUAUGUAUGUAUGUAGUGUGUACUUCGUUUUUCUAUACGGGUUUGUGGUGUGAUAAGAUCAGUUAGAUGGAUAUUAUACAUGGUAUGUAGAAUUAUGUAGAAUGAGAAAGCGAUCUAUACCUUUUUAUUAGAGUCGCUGAUGUGUUUGAACUAUCCUAUCCAGCUUACAUUUGCCAAAAUCACACGACGUGUUUCUCUAUCACUAGAAGGGAUUGUACUGUCUGCCCUUGUAUAAUCAGUGCAUGAUGAAGUAUAACAAUUUUUACAUAUGACAAUUAUUUUAAACGGAUUACAUUGUUAAGACGAAUAAACACUCGACAUCUUUCGACUGGAGCUGGAACUGCACUGUCUCGACUGAUAGAGCGCGUGACGUGUACUCUUGUACAGUCGCCAUCAGAUAUAUCUGAGCGGCCAAGGUGCUCACAGAUAUUUGUAUGUACUUGACGUGUAGAUAUUUAUCUCUAACCACAUCCGUGCCAGUGACACGGAAUGUGUCUUGCCAUAUUUAAACUGAAAAAUGGUAGGAAAAGGUAAAACAGUGGCACCAAAAACGUUAAAAUUCGAAAGCAUGAAAACUUCUCUAUCGAAUUUAGACAAUCCAAAAAUUUGUUAGUAUACUUUUUUUAUGAAAUAUAUUGUAUUUUUUGACUUUCAGUUCGUUUAACGUCUCACAACACUGCCGCCAAAAGUUGCUGCCAUAUACUCGUACUUAGUCACUGCACUCUCAUUUUAAUUACAUGGAACUUGGCAUGAAAAUUCGAGUAACAUAUAUCUAUCUACUAAUACUAUCGUAUCUUUAGGUAUUUAAAUAAAAGUAAAGAAAAUCUACCCUCAAAUGGCUCGUUAAGCCAUUAUAACUACCCGAAAAUGUAUAAACUGUUUGUUUACUUUUAUUUAAAUACCUAAAGAUACAGACUAGUUUUCGUUGCUAAAAACGUUAUACAAAGAAAAUAUUGUAUUCAAACAACGCAAACUAGGUACAGUCAGCAGCAGAAGUUGCUAAGCGGCCGUGGUGUUCAAAAUUAUCUUGACGAGCUUUUAUUCUCUUAACAAUAAAGUCGCGUCAAGAUCAUAAUGAACACCUCGCCCGCUUAGCAACUAUUGCUGCCGACUGUACCAGACAUAAUAUACUCGUAAUACUUCGAUUAUAUGGCGGCAGCUAGGUUCAUGUGACUCUUAACCUUCUAAGGCCCAGCCAUACAAAUGAAAAAUCCAGAAUUUGCCACUGAAAUUUGAACAUUUAGUGCAGGGAAUAGAGUUGAUUUCGGUUCGUUUGAAAAUUGUAAGAAACAAAACAAAUGCGAAUCUGUUCCAAUUGAAUAUGAUUUAAAUUUCAUUGAACUGAAUAAGUACCUACUAUAGGUAGGACCUUGGGUCUUAGCAGGAAAAGAUAAUUUUUAUGAUCGUGAAUGGUGUGAAAUGUGAAAUGAACACAGUGAAAUGAAUUAAAGUAGAGAAAUUAGGUUGUUUUUGAUACCGUUGUGUGAGUUUUGACAAUGCUGACAAUCGUCUACUAAAAUAGCCUUACUAACUUAAUUAAUAAUAACUUAUAUUAAAUAAAAAAAACAUUUAAAAGUGUAACGCUCUUGCUAGAUUAAAAUGUAUGUGAAUUUAAAAGAAAAAAAGCAUUUGAUUCUAAAUUGAAUUGUAAUAAAAUGACAUUUUAGGUGUUCUUAUCAUUUCUAAGUCUUAAAACUUUAUUUUUAGCCGUUGAAUCUUUUUACCGCCUUUUUUAAAUUUAGCAUUCAAUUUAAAUUGAAUGCUAAAUCAAGCAUAGUUAUCGUACGUCAUUACGAUAUUCCUUUAGAUGAACAUGCAAAUUUUUUAACCUUGGCGGUGAAAAGGUUAUGUUGUACCGACUUUUGUAAAAGGUAAAAACGGCUUUGUAUUGUAAAAUUAGCACGGCUUAGAAGUCCUAGCAAAGAUUUUUUAGCAUUAAGUGUAGGCUUUAAGUUAGCACUCUGGCUCAUUUUGUCUGUCCUCUAGGUAUUUUAACUAAAAUAAACAAAAUGCGACUUUUAUUGCAAGAACUAAAUCAUUUUUUGACUAAAUAAAAAGCCUAUAUUGUAUACAGAAUAAUAGAAAAUCUAACAUCGUCGAAAGUUAGAUGUUUUUCAGCAAAGGCAUUUUAGGUGUGUUAUUGAGCUACACUACCGAUGAUGUAUUGCUUAAUGUAAACCGCUCAACUGCUUUGUAAAUCUCUAAAUGUGACGUUCCACGGCAAAAGGUACCUUAUGGCGGCUGGCGCUUACGUCGCAUAGCGCCGCAAUAAUAUUGGAACGGCGUUAAUAAUAGCGUAAGCGCCAACCACCAUAAAGUACCUUUACUCGUGGGACGUCACAAAUAUCUACUACAGUAGAAUCCGUUUAUUAUGACUUCGCUUAUACUGACCAACCGCUUACUAUGACGUAAUUACUGUGCGAAGUUUGGUUUUUAUAUAAAAUUCUUAGUGACAAAUUCGGAUAAGGUGACUUCGUUUAUAGUGACAAAUCGCUUACUAUGACCGAAAAUCCCAUUUUCAUGAAAUUAUGUCCGGUUAUACUGACUCUUAUGCUGGUUUUCGUGGCCGUCACCACGUGUUUCCCUGCGAGGACGUUUGAUGCGUUAGUGGCGUGUAAGGUAUUUUAGUUUUGAUCAUCAGUGACAAGUUGAUAUUUGUUACAAGUUUAAUAAAACUUAUUUCUCACAAAGGAAUUUGAGAUUAAUUUGGAAAACAUAACAAAAAUAAUAAGUUGUACAACUAUGUUUUAUAUGACAUCCGCUUAGUAUGACGUGUUUGUCACUUCCCUUCGAUGUCAUUAUAAGCGGAUUCUACUGUAUAUUAAUAGUAAGUUUGUUUAGAAAAAUGAGCCAGAAUAGGUUUAAAUCAGCUGGAGAGGGAGACAACGUAGCGAGCCGACGCUCACACGCGAACGCGAAUGUUCGCACCCCACACCACCCUUUAAAGUUGAGGCAUUGUUAUGAAAUAAGUUCAAAAAAGAAAAAAAAUACGAAAAACAUACCCAACAAAUAUUGGCCCGAAUAUAUAACAAUAUAUCCGUACACGGCGGGAAGAAGUUGAUAUCUGGCGAGAAAAAAAUGAAGAAAUUUGAACCUUAUGUAAGUUUAUUUUAAGUUCAAAUUUCUUCGUUAGAAUAUCUCGAGUUAUCAAUUUCUUCCCACCGUAUACGGAUAUAUAUUCAAACUGCUUUAAGUUUUUAACCCCUCUAAUAGGUAUAUAUAGGUAUAGGUAGGUACUGUUACGAUAUCGGUCAGCCAAAAAAUAACCUUAAAGUUUCAAAGUUUAAGGGUAUUAUAUAUUGCCCUCAUUCUGGACUGUGCAAAGUAGCGUGUUUUUGUGUUGGAGGCCAAGACUCAUUUUGGGUUAUCGCACCAGCCAAGUGAGCAAGUAAAUGGGUAAGUAUUCGCCCGGUAGGAUUUGAGGGGUGAACUGACACGAGUAAAACUGACAAUUAUCUUUAUGACGCUGUGCAUUCAUGAGACUGGCAGUUAAAAUCUGAAAGUGGCCACGUUUAGUCAUGAAAGGGGACUGAAAUGGUUCAACAGUCGAUAACCCUUAUUUCAUAACAAUGUUUUCUGCUCAUCAACCUCCACCCAGCUUUUAACAUACCUUUUUAGACGCAAAUCAAACAUUUUCAUUUAUUUAAACAUCCUGCAUAAAUCCAAAUAGUAUUUCUAUUUAAAAGGGCAAUAUACAGCCCAAAUAUACAGUCACUGGUAGCUGAAAUAGUAAGAAAUAACUGCAUAUAAGUAUAGCUGGUCAAACAACUUUGUCAGUGAAGAAAGGCGAGAUAUUCAAAUUUCCAUGGGACGAUAUAAGCCUUGGCGCCUACAUUUUUUAAAUUUGCCGCCAUUUUCUGCUGACGGAAAUGGCUUGACAGGCUAUAUUUAAUAAUUUAUCUGUACCAUUGACCAGCAUUUACACAGAAAACGAGGGAAUAGUCUAGCGACUGCGAAUCAACAAAUCUUUGUCUCUACUUAUGGCAUAACAGCAUAUAUUUACUUUAUAUCAUAUUCAAAAUAUGUAAAUUAGACGUACCUACUUAUUAAGAUUUUUCGGUAUUUAUGAAUUACUAUAAGACAUUUAUGAACUUAAUAUUUCAAGCAUAAUAAAUAUUAUAUAUAAUUAAUGAAUUUGAAAACAUUGAUCAUAUAUACCUUACCAAACUAAAUGAAAUUAUAUAUAUAUUAGGUAAUAGUUACUAAAUCUCAUUUUCGACGAUAGUCAUCUUAACUGGAGUUUAAUAGAAAAGAGAAAUACUUAAUGUAAAGAAAUAUGACAGGUUUUCAAUGAAAUAUUAAUAUUUAACAUACAUUUUAACUAGAAAUUGAUAUAAAUGAAAGGUUUAAGUACUGUUGAUAAAAUCAUGACUGGCCACAAAAAGUACGAAAUUACGAAGAUCUUUUCUAUUGAACUCCAUUUUUGUUAUGAGACAAAUUAUCAUUAUGUAAUGUUUAAUGUACUUAUAUAUUUGAUGAAAUUGUCAUUUGUUUAAGUAAUAUAUAUAAAAUAUUCAAGUAGUAAUCGGUAGAACGAGUUCGAAUUUAUCGGGGUUUUUAAGGUAUUUACUGUUAUGCCAAAGAGUGACGCACUAGCGACAUCUAGUAGAUUGUUUUGAGCCCAUUCGCAGUUCCUGCAUUAUUCCGAAUUGUAGAAUUUGCAUUUCAUUUUACAUAUUAGUGUUUGCUAGCUUAUUCCUCCUCCCUUCAUUUCUCUGACUUGGUCAGUUAGUAAAAUAGUUAAAAGUUUAUAAAACUUAUAGUAAUCGUAUUUAUCUUAAUCAAUCAUUAUUAUAAGAUCUCACUUGUAAAUAAGCAUAGGCGUAUUAACUUGCUGGUCAUUUUGUCUCUAAGUAUUACUAAUUAGCUGUGAAUAAAUUUUGCUUUUACUUUAAAAAAAUAAUUCGCUAUUGUGAAAUUUCCACGUUUUAUUUUAAAACACCAUAUCUGUAUUACAUUAAGUAUUUUACUUUACUUAUCAUUAAUGUUUAUUAUUAUGUGUUCAGUGAGAAAUUAGUUAUAAAACUUUGAUAUUAUUUGAUAGGCUAGCGUAUGUUAAGCAUUAUAGUUUGCUCUUACUAAGACACUGCUGUUACCUAAUUAUAUUGAAAUAACUUACUGUCACAGUUACUUUGCUGGAAGUAGAUCUUAGGUUAUAUAAGUACCUAACUGUUACUCGUACGUGAGAUGAAUAAUUUUAAUCUUCAUUGAGCCCUAUCUCGAAUAUAAAGGCCAUUAUGGCCCAACCUAUUCGAUAGUGUACCUACUACCAACUUUUUUUCAUCCGUGUGAAAAUGUUCAUGAAAGAAUAGGCCUAAACCUUUAUUUAGAUUAAGCCCGUAGUUAAUACAGGUGUUUAGUAUACUUUUUAAAAUAUUUUACUAUUGAAUAUUUGAAAGAUAUAAAAGAUUUUACAUUAACGAUGUUGUUGCAAGCACCAUCACCUGUGCCAAAUUGUAUUUGUAAAUAUUUUUCCACGAUAUUAGAUUGAAUUUAAAAUUACGAAUAACCAAUUUUUACUUACCUGUAUUCUACUUCUUACUAGCGGUGUCGAUAGACUAUGAGUAGAAGGUACGGGUUUUCUGCUAGAACGUUAGCUUACCGUCUUAUUGUAUCUGUUUUAAGUCUAUUAUAAAAGCUGUAACAGACGGGCUUACCGGACCUUAGUCCGGUCCAAGGCCUGUUCGAUCGAAGGUGUACGACGUACGUCCAGUGCGCCCGUCUGUUAUAGCGUCAAGUUUCAGUCACUGGCGAGUGCGAAAGAAAUCUUAAAUAAUAUGUACGAUAGCUAACGUACUAAAGGGGCUAGUAAAAUAUAUAUGUCGCAAUUAUUUCGAGUUGGAGAACUAGUUAUAGGCUAGAAAUAGGUAUACUCGCUACCUCUCUCUAACUUAUAGGUAACUCUUCUUCCGCAUCUGAGAACUACAAUCGAUAGAUAAUAUAUAUUAUGUAACUAGCCAAAGUAGUACCGGUAUUAUAGUAAAGGAAAUAUUUAAGUUUUUCUACUAUAGUAUCGUAACUGUAAUACUCCAUUUUACCUUUAAUUACUCUUAGUUGUAAUAAAAAGUCGUCACAAAAUGUCUGCGGCUUUGUUCGGUCCGGCAUAUCAUAGUAAUCAUUAGAAAAAGGCGCGAAAUAAGUAGGUAGGUGUGGAACCUUAAAUUUUUUAUUUCGUGCGUUUUUCUAGUAACAAAUGUAACAGUGCCUGGGUUGGUCGUCGACAUUUUAGAAAUAAUUAUCCAUCGCUAUCGACCACUAGCAACAUGUAGAAACUGUUUCACCUUUAUACCAUUUACUUAUUGCACGUUUUCCAUUAAUUUAAGUAAAUAUGUAAAAUGUAUUAUGUCGGAUAUGUGACACGAUUGCUAUUUGGACUUUUGCCUAAAUAACUACAAAUCUUAAUAUCUAUAGGCCAAAAAUGCAUAUGAGAUGGCAAGCUGACGCUUUAAAUUUUUGAUCUAUAAAUCUAAAAGUUUUCAGUGGGUAGCUUGAGCCGGAAAUGAACUAACACCUGAUUACUGAAAAUAGUAUUUCCGUUUUAUCUCCAAUGCGUUACCACAUGUAUUGAAUGUGCCAAAACAAUUCAUAAAUCGCCUAACACAGUAAAAUACCAAAGACAACAAAUUAAAAUAAAACUCUUCCACGUAGCUUUUAUAAUUAUAACAUAAAUAUUUAAAGUGCACUUUCAAUUUGUGUUAUCUAUGGUUGACGCUUUUGGAUAGAAAUGAAAAAGCGUCUAUGAAUUUUACAAAUUUUAAUGGUUGUGUGUGGAAAUUUUACUAACAAAAAUAUCUUCUUUAUACAAUAAAUUUCUGCACAUGAUCUUCAUUAGUAUAUUUAUGAGAUUUUAUUGCAUAUUCUAAGUAAUAUUUAGUGUAGUUAACGAUAUUUCGAUUUGUAGUAACAUUUGUCAUUUUCAAAAUGUAAAAUUGUCAUUUUCGAUGAUAUCGGGUCGGUCUGGAUCGCUCGGGGGCAAAUACCUCCGUUUGAGUGGUUGUAAUUUUCUUGAAAGUGGAUGUCGAUUGUAUUCAACAAUAUAAAUUUCUAAUCCAUUAGA